AUGCCAACAUCAUCAGUGCCACCAUAUAAGCCACCCAAAGAACUCCAGGAUUUGUUGGACAAGCGACAACAAACAUAUUUGCGCAAGCGGACUGCUGUACUGCCGAAACGCUCUUGGAUUCAGCGUAAUCCGCGGCUCUUUCAAAUUACGUUUUUAACCACAUCACUUUUGAUAUUUUUCUCAAAGCCGCUUUACGACGCCUUUGUGGCAGAUCCUUUAACCCUAAGGGGUCCACGUGUACCGCCACAUAAACGCUAAGGCAUGGAAUCCGUGCGCAAAGCCAA